GAAGGAUCAGACUGAGGUCCUUCUCUGGAAGGGAAGAUCUCUUUGGGGAUGUAGAUGCCCGGGUCGCGGGAUGCUGCCGUGCCCCUCCGCCCCGCGUCACCGCGGUUUCCGGAAACUCCACGCCCCCCGGUCCUCCGUCUCCCUCCGGAUUCCGGAAAAGCGCAGCCGAGCGGGCUAAGCGCGCUGGCCGGCCUGGAAGCAGCGUCCGCCGCCGAGCAGAGCGGAGGGGCCGGGCAAGAGCGAAGCGCUUUGUUCCCUGGUUGAUUCCCGCGCCUCCGGGCAGCGGAGAGGCGCGGAGCCUGGGUGGCGCGCGCGUUGCGGGGACCUGCGCGGGCCGAGCGCGCGGGGGCGGGUCUGCGCGGCGGCGGCGGAGCGCGCAGAGCUCGUGCGUCCAGCGGAGGCGCCGGCAGCCGCGCGCGCCGAGGCACAAAGGCUGGUGUGGAAGCCACUGGCGAGGCGGCAAAAGGAAAGCGAAAGCCUCGGCGGGGCCGGGGCCGGAGAGAAGGCGCCGCGCGGCGCUCUCAACGCCGGCAGUUCCCGGGGCUGCCCUCCGGGGCCUGACGGGCCGAGCCCGGCGCGCCGCGGCCAUGGCCAUCGCCCACCUGGCCACCGAGUACGUGUUCUCGGACUUCUUGCUGAAGGAGCCCUCGGAGCCCAAGUUCAAGGGGCUGCGGCUGGAGCUGGCCGUGGACAAGAUGGUCACGUACAUCGCCGUGGGGCUGCCCCUGCUGCUCAUCUCGCUGGCCUACGCGCAGGAGAUCUCCAUCGGUACACAGAUAAGCUGUUUCUCCCCAAGUUCUUUCUCCUGGCGUCAGGCUGCCUUCGUGGAUUCUUACUGUUGGGCCGCCGUUCAGCAGACGGACUCCUUGCAGGGCGACACUGGAAACCUCCCCCUGUGCCUGCACAAGUUUUUCCCCUACAUCCUGUUGCUGGUCGCCAUCCUCCUGUACCUGCCCUCCCUGUUCUGGCGUUUCGCAGCUGCUCCGCAUAUUUGCUCAGAUUUGAAGUUCAUCAUGGAAGAACUUGACAAAGUUUACAACCGCGCCAUUAAAGCCGCGAAGAGCGUGCAUGACCGCGACCUGAGAGAUGGGACCUGCUCAGCCCCUGGUUCUAAUGAGAACGUCGGACAAAGUUUGUGGGAGAUAUCUGAAAGCCACUUCAAGUACCCAAUUGUGGAACAGUACUUGAAGACAAAGAAAAACUCUAAUAAUUUAAUUAUCAAGUACAUCAGCUGCCGGGUGCUAACACUCAGCAUUAUACUGUUAGCAUGCGUCUACCUGGGCUAUUACUUUAGCCUCUCCUCCCUCUCAGAUGAGUUUGUCUGCAGCAUCAAAUCAGGGAUCCUGAGAAAUGACAGCACCGUCCCCGACCGGUUUCAGUGCAAACUCAUCGCAGUUGGCAUCUUCCAGUUGCUCAGUUUCAUUAACCUCGUGGUUUAUGUUCUGCUGGUUCCCGUGGUUCUCUACACGCUGUUUGUUCCUUUCCGGCAGAAGACAGAUGUUCUCAAAGUGUAUGAAAUCCUGCCCACUUUUGAUGUUCUGCAUUUCAAGUCUGAAGGGCACAAUGACUUGAGCCUCUACAACCUUUUCUUGGAGGAGAAUAUAAGUGAACUCAAGUCAUACAAGUGUCUUAAGGUACUGGAGAAUAUUAAAAGCAACUGUCAGGGCAUCGACCCAAUGGUUCUCCUGACUAAUCUUGGCCUGAUCAAGAUGGACAGUGUUGACGGCAAAACUCGCAAGCAGUCUGAGAUGAUGGGAGAGCAGCAGGGGAACCAGAUGGCAGAUCUCAAAGAUAUUUGCUUUCCAUUUUGACAGAUUUGAAUGCACACAGUGAAACUAAAGCAAAUAAUGGGGAGAGGAAUGCUCGACAGAGACUCCUGGAUUCUUCUUGCUGAUGAUCGUUUUCAGGAACUUCAGAGCCGUGACUCCUGUGGCAUAGGAUUCAUUUUGGCUGCAGCGCCUCUGAGGUUUCAGCUGGUUUGCAGUAAAUGGCUCUUGGUAAUGGCAGACACGACUUACGGAGUCCCUAGUGAAAAUGAUGGCCCUCCGCAUGCUGUGCGAGAGCCGUUCGUGCACUUCCUUUGAGAAGCAAUGCAGAGAUGAGUAAGCCACAGCAAGGAUGUGAGCUCUCAUCAGGUAAAAAGUGGAAAGACUAAUCAGAGUAAGAAUGGUAGCCCUUUGAGUGCCUCAAAGCAACACCUUUCUGUAUAGAUGGUGCGAUGAGACUCAGAGCUACGGGAAAGCAAGGACCUCGGGAAACUGUUGUUUUGUUUUGUGAAAUAAUAAUAAUAAGCAUGUCAGAAUACACUUCAGUAUGAAUCUCCCACAUGCCCUCAUGACUGGCUGGGCCCAGAGGUGGACCUGCUCUUGGCCUUGUCCUGAACUGGGAGAAAUGCACACCCUGGCUCUCUCGGCGCUGCCACCUGAGAGCCUUGGCUAACCAGGCUAACCGCUAUUGGUUGCAGCCUGUAUGGAGGGCACCCGCCCAUGCACUGCUCUGCCCGACAAGUUAGUGUAUAAGACAGAGUCUAAAGGGUAUUGAAUUGUGACUUCUGUCCCGGAAAGAAUGCUUCUGAAAGAGCCCAUGGGGAAAUCUGAACUUUCAGCCCAGGUUUACUUCAGGCACUGUCCAAAGGGCGUUCACAGCGCAGCCUCUCUUAGCAGAAGCAUUUGAAACAGGGUGUUACUUAAACAAAUUAACUGAAUGCCGAAUGCCUAAAGUGAGGGACGUUUUGCCUACUGCGAUCAGAACAUAUGACAGCUGCCAUACCGUGUGCCUGGAGCCAGCACAGCUUCACAGUGUAUUUUAUUUAUAUUUAAGUACAUCUUUUAUACAUUUAUUUUAAGUUAGUGUCAUAUGGUGUCAGAAUUGAGGCCAUUUGGGAAGAACAUUCUAACACUGAUGGGGAAUUACAGAAUAAAUGUGACAAAAGGGUACAUAUUAUAAAUCCAAGCAUUAUUUUGUAAACAUUAUCAAGCAAGAAUAUAUAAAAACUCUAACCAAUUCUGACCAUGUAAAGACAUCCUAACUAUGUUUACAUUUUAUACAAACUUUUGAAAAAUGACAUCUGUGGACCUCUCCAUUUGAACCUCAAAGUUUACAUGUGGCUCUUAGGGACAGUGUUGACCUGAUGUAAUGAUGGUUUUGUGAAGAACAAAAGUUACAUAAGCUGCUCUUUGUCUUUCAGAAUAUUCACAAAGGCAGUUUUCACUUGUGCUUCUGUGAUGGUUUCUGCGAGGGAGAGCUAAUAAUAAAUACUCAAGGAUGCAAUUAAUGCUUUAAAUUAUUCUUAUUAUGUGAUAUUUAUUACCAUUAAAUUAUAGUGGAAAUGGCAGUGAUCUAUUUAAGUAACCAAUUUUGCUACAUGUUCAUGUCAUUGUAUCUGAGAUGUUCAAUCACUAUACUCUGCAUUCAUUGCUUUUUAUAAUUUGAAAAUAUAUACUUUUCUACACUAUGCUUUUCUUUCAAAAAGCCUCAUCUUUUCUGUAGACUGUCCCUGAUUUGCAGUGUUUUGAAGCAGUAAAGUGGAUACAUUAUUUAGGGGACAGGAACUCUCCAAGUCCCGCCAUGUGUCAUCCUUCCAUCAGAGUUAUAACUGACUUCUGUUCAUGUCCCCGUUCCCACUCUCUGAGCUCUGAGAGGGUCUGUGACACUAGUCAAGUCACCGACUACGUGGGCAUGAAAAAGACAGGUCCCCAUCUUUGAGGAGUGCAGAGUCUAGUAAAAGGCAGGGAAGACAGAGGAAGGUGCAAGAAGAAGAGGAGCCGCAAUAAAGGCCCUUCCAGAAAACGCACAGCGGGUGCUCUAAGCUCCUAGGAAACACCCUGUCAUUUUUCUCUUUUUCAUAGUGUCUGUGGCUGAUGGUUUUGAGAGUCUAGUUACAGUUUUCCCCAGAGGCUCUAUAGCCACGUGUCCCCCAGGUUGAAGCCUGGACCAAACCAUGACAUAGACCAGCCGUGGGCAAACUACGGCCCGCGGGCUGGAUCCGGCCCGUUGGAAAUGAAUAAAACUAUUGAAAAAAAAGACCGUACCCUUUUAUGUAAUGAUGUUUACUCUGAAUUUAUAUUAGUUCACACAAACACUCCAUCCAUGCUUUUGUUCCGGCCCUCCGGUCCAGUUUAAGAACCCAUUGUGGCCCUCGAGUCAAAAAGUCUGCCCACCCCUGGCAUAGACGGUGAUUUUGAACAGUCAAGAGCUCCAAUCACUCCAAUCACCUUUCAUCCCUGACCUGGCAUGGCGUGGGGAGGACAAGCCCAUGGGCUGGUUGCCUGAGAACAACUGUCAUGAUGCCAGGAAGCUGAGGUGGAUGGCAUACAUUUUUGCUUGGAAAAAAGUGUUACUAGGAAAGUUAACCCAUCCCAUCCACUGUGAGUUACUGGCUUAGCGAUCUAAUUUGAGCAGCCAGAUUUCUGAGGGUGAGGAGACAUUCAUUGCUCUAUAAAAGGAGACAAACUUCCUAAAUGAACUCCUCGUGUCCUCCCUCCCCUGCCAAGUAGCACUUGACCUUGUCUCUGACCCUCUGACCCAGGUCUGCCUAGUAAACCACCAGGCAGCCUCUGAACUAGGCUCAUAGCUCCCAUGUUGCAGCUGGGCCUGGGCCCUUCAUUCUGAAUGCAGUGACCAGUUGCAUGUAUAGUUGUACCAAGGGACCGCAAAGACCCUCCAAUACAGAGGUCCUUAAACUUCUGGGAGGUUACAAACUCCCUUGGAAAUAUUUCUUUAAAGCUAUAUACCUUCUUUUCAGAUCUACACAAAUACUAAGCAAACCUUCCGGGGUCACAGCCCACGCUCCCAGGGUUAAGCUGUGCUUUAAUGGCCAAAGGCCACCGCACAGCAGCGUGGAGGCCCCCACUGCCCUUGUGUUUCCACAGUGAGCCUUAGCGGAAGGCUCGCUUUUGAGUGAAGUGUACCUAUUGAGUAGCCGACUUCAUUUUCUAAAGUCAGAUGGGAAAGUUACAAGAGUUGGCCUGGGUAGCCUGGAUUGGUCAGGCAGUUGCCAUUGGCUGCUGUUCUCUCUCUGGCCACCAGGUGUUACUUAUUCCAGAUCCGAAUCAUUGUCCCCGUGCAGCCUCACUGGAGGGUGAGGAGGGUGGACCAACACUUGUAAAACGCUUUGUCCUGCUUCGUAGUGGUCCUGUGAGGAAGCUGGGAACUUCCAGGUAUGUGGUGGGUCUUGUGGCGUGUUCAUGCUCCAUUUGUGGAAGCAGCCUGUUGACUGGGUAUCCUCUCCUAUCCAAGAACUAGCCAAGGUAGGACCGCAGGGCACUGGGCCUCGUUCCUGGGAGAAUUAGUUCAGCUCUUAGAGGCAGGUGCACACUUUUUUUAAGUGCGUGCAUGUUCGGUUUAUUUUGCUAUUGUCAGGCCAGGGUAAAUUGAAAAUCCAUAAGGGUGGGAAUUUUUAUCCACUGCUGUACCCGAAGCUCCUAAAACAAUGAUUGUCGUGUAAUAGGCAUUCUCAAAUGUUUGUUGAAUCCAUAAACACAUCAGCGUGAUAACUCCUCAUUUGUUGGCAACUGUGAUUUGAUUUUAAACCGCAGAUGGUUCUCUGCAGGAGAGGGGAAGGGAGCUCACUUAGCUUCUUGGUAGGGGGGGAACUAUUUCUGCAGAUGAAUAGGUUUCUACAGAUAAGUAGUGACCGUUCUUAGCUUUUUAUUGUGGAGUUAGUCAUGACCACUUUCCAAGUUCAGUACAAGAUCAGUGCUGCCCUGCAAUGAUUAGGGCAACUAACGUUUUAGAGGUCCUGGUCUCCGUAAUUUCCCAGCAGAGCCUCAUGAAAAGGGCUGUGGAUUGAAAUGUGCAGUUGUCGGUAACUGAGGUUUCAUCUCGGGGCAGUGAAUGAACUAGCUUCUGGGCAGUCACUGGCCUUUGGGCUCUGUUUUUCACAAGUAAAAUGAAACCUUUAAAGAAAGAUGACACUGUGUUAUUUGUGGAAUAUCAUCAAUGUUCAUCUGCGAUUGGUUUUGCCUGCUUGAAAUGAAAUGUUUUGUGUUCUGGGUUCUCUUUCGAGCAGUGAAAAUGCGUUGUCACUUAAAGCAUGUGACCUGAUCAGUAAUUGUUCUUCAAGUUCCUGAAAGUUAUAAAAGCUUCUGGUGCCUUGAGUGCUUCCCCGCUGCCCACCAGAAGAGGAAAUCUUGUAGACUUCUACAGCGCCACAAAUGUCCCCACAAAACUGAAGCCAUCAGCUCCUCUGUAACAAGGUGGCUUUUAAAAAGCAUCCUAAGUACAUGUAAUGGUAUUCUGUAAGUGGUGCUUCUAGGUGUAAUUUAAAUUCUUUUUAAUGACUAAAUUUCUUCAAAACUUUUAAAGGAAAAUAUGUAUGUUCUUUUUGCUGGGUCAUUUGGAAAGAAUGAUGGCUUCUACUCCACAAAGGAUGAGAACAUACCAUGGUUUAGAAAAUGAUCCUUAAAACCAGUACGAGCACCUUGAAAGCCCUGUGUUUGGGUGGUUAUCACUGUAUUUUGUAUUCAUUCCCACAUAUGUCAAUUGUCCAAGGUCUUCCUUCUGGUUGUGCUGACUUCUUUUAAGGAGGGAUGACAAGCUAAAAUCAAGGCUGUAGUGUCCAUAGACAAAAGUGAAAUGCUGUUUUGGUUCUGCACUGUUGUGUCCACCUAAAUAAAACUUCUGUGAGUAAGAAAAAA